CUCCAACAUCAGUCAGGAUGCAAGCCCUCCGACGCUUGCUGCACUUGCUACAAGCAUCCGACCCUGCUCUCGUGCAGCCUUCUGUCUGCCUGUCUGUUCGAAAAUCAUGACCAAGAACUUGCGGUCAUGUCCGGUGAGGAUCCAUACAGCUCACGCACGUGCGCCGGGCGGCAAUUGACAUGGUCCUCACGAUAACGACGCAAGAGCUCCUUGCGUCUAAUUCGGGCACGCUGAGUGGCUCGCCGCAACUUUCACCCUGGAGAGGACGCUAGUUUCUGCAAUGAAGUUGUCAGCCAGGUCGUUAGCGGCGGGAACGUGCGUCUACCUCGCCGUCAGUGACGAGCCCACUCACGGACACCGAGACAUGGUGCGGGGCGCGAUAGGGUUAUAACGAGGACACGAUGGAAUGGCCUGCUUUCAUCCGCUGACGAUGAUGCUCACACUGGUGCUAGCUGCGCGCCUCGCGGCCGCUGUCCCGUUCAAGAAUGAGUCGUACCCACUCACGACUGUGCCGGGCGAACGCCCUUGGAACCCUAUCGAGCCGCUGCAGCAACGCUUGGCGUACAUCAACGCGACGGCCAUGGCCGUCAGCUGGAACACGUACACCUCACUCCCGGACGAGGAAGCGGUGGUGUACUUCGGAACGGAUGCGUGGGAGCUCGACCGCACCGCGCCGUCGCGGCAGAGCACCUUUGAGACGUCCCGCACGUUCAGCCAUCACGCAAUCCUUUCGGGGCUCGAGCCGGGCACCGAAUAUCACUAUCGCGUAGCACACACGAACUGCUUCGGGUGCAGCACGAUUCCGACGUACUCGUUCACUACUGCGCUCCCGGCCGGCGACUGCACGCCUUACGCUGUCGCGAUCGUCGCAGACAUGGGCCUCAUGGGACCCGACGGGCUUACAAACUCGACCGGCAAGGGGGCCGGCGGCGCGUUACUGGACAACGAGACGAACACUAUCCAGAGUAUGGUGCAGAGCCUGGACGCUUACGAGCACAUUGUGCAUAUUGGCGAUCUGGCGUACGCGGACUACUUCCUUAAGGCGUCGACGCAGGGCUUCUACGGCGCGGACAACGUGCUGACGAAUGCAACCUCAAUUGUGGAGAACUAUGAGCGUCUCAACGAGGCGUGGUACGACCAAAUCACUCCACUUACCUCGCAGCGGCCGUACAUGGUCGCCGUGGGCAACCAUGAGAGCAACUGCAACAACGGCGGAGUCAAAGACAAGGUCAACAACAUCAGCUACACGGCGCAGAUCUGCAUGCCCGGCCAGACGAACUUCACCGCGUACGCGGAGCACUGGAAUAUGCCUGGGCGCCCCGGCCCGAGCCAGAACUUCUGGUACUCGUACGACGUGGGCAUGGUGCACUAUGUCGUCCUGAGUUUCGAGACAGACCUGGGCGAGGGUCUGUACGGGCCGGACGAGGUCGGUGGGACUGGCAAGCAGAUGAGUGGGCCGCGCGGGAAGACCGGCGAGCAGAUCGAGUGGCUGCGCCAGGACCUUGCCAAAGUCGACCGCAAGAAGACCCCAUGGGUGCUCGCGUUCGGUCACCGGCCGUGGUACGUCGGCAUCGCCGACGCGGUCUGUGAGCCGUGCCGCCUAGCCUUCGAGGGCAUCUUGUACGAGAACAAUGUCGAUCUCGUCCUCACCGGCCACGACCACGUUUACUCCCGCUCCGUUCCCAUGUUCAACCACACCGCUGACCCCGCGGGGUACGACAACCCCCGGGCGCCGACGUACAUCACCAACGGACUCGGCGGACACUAUGACGGUCUUGACGUUCUCGACUCGCCCCUCCCAGCGAAUGUCGCGCACGGUAUAGACGGCGUGUACGGCUGGUCGCGGCUCACGUUUGCCAACGCCACACACAUGCGGCACGAGUUUGUUGCAGCGCGCAACUCAAGUGUGCUUGACGAGUUCUGGCUUGUGCGCGCCCGCGAAGAGGGCACGUGUGUCGACGGCGAAGAGGGACAUACAGGCAAAGAUAACGGCAAGGGCCAUGGCAAGGGCGGGAAAAAGGACAAGCGCGAUGUUCUCGCACGUCUGGACGAGUAAUAUACAAUUAUGGUCAUGCUACAUAUAUCAAGAGAA